AUGACAAUUGUAUAUCAAUGGUAUUUCGAAGAUUCAGUAGCAGGAUAUAUCGCCACCACAUAUGAAAACAUCUUCAACAAAACAGAUGAGAAACCGACAAAGACAAUUAUUGUUUCUUUAAGAGGAACAAAAUCCAUAACUGACACAUAUAUCGACAUGAAAGUCGACAUGAAGGCAUAUUCAAACCUAGGUCAACACCUCCCAUUCUGUGGUCAUGAAUGUAGGGUGCACAAAGGAUUUCAUGAAUAUUAUUCUCGAACAUUAUCACUAAUCCAUCAAUAUAUAAUCGAAGAACUCCAAGAUGUUGAAGAUGAUUAUGAAUUGAUUAUCUUGGGACAUUCAUUGGGUGGAAGUGUGGCUGUUUUUUUGGGAUUGAAUUAUUUGGAUUUGGGAUAUGAUAAACUAUCCCUCAUAACUAUGGGACAACCCUUGAUUGGAAAUAAACCUUUUACGGAAUGGACCGAUAUUGUGUUUGGGAGUAUCUCCCCACCAGAAUCAGUUGAGAGGAAAUAUUUGAGAGUUAUUCAUAAGGAGGACAUUGUCACGGUUAUACCUAGCAAGAAUAAGAUCCUGCUAGAUCCAUAUUGGCAAUUCGAUAAUCAGAUCUAUCUAAAUUGUUCAUCUGGAGAACAGAACCCAGGUCAAGAGCAAGUGGUAGAUUGUAUAACUGGGGAGAAUGAAUUAUGUAUCGCCAAGGAUUUUUCAUUGGGGAGAUAUAUAAAGAAAAUGUUAUUAUUACUACAUCCUCAAAAUUAUUUACAGACUCAUAUUACAUAUUUUAGAAGAAUGGGAUUUUGUGGGAUUAUCUAG